AUGUCUUACAUGAGCUGCGUGCACGUUAACCCCGUGGCUCCAAGUUUCGCUAAUCGCGUUCAGCAACCAAGCGCCUUGCGAAGCUUUGGAGGCAACUUCAACGCGCAGACUGCUGCGGUGGCGGACGAGGUCCCUUUACCUUUCGAGGCCGGGGAGCCAGCGUUCGAAACGGUAGAGGAGCUUGAUGUAGUAGAGGAUGAAGACGACCCUCCCGAAGUGGACGAGGCUGACGAUGAGGAGCUCCCGGCCGAUGCAGAGGCUUCAGCAGAUCCAGCGGAGGCAACAGCAGACGCAGCCGCCGCCGAAGGACUGGCGGAUGCGGAUGCCGAACUUGCAGCUGAUGAGCUUGCGGAGCCACUAGUGAGGCAUUGGCCGUCGACAGGCGCGAAGUCUGGGGCGCUUCUACACGCUUGUUAG